GUUCCUGUAGGAGGGAAGGACAAACCGCAUGUGACAGCCCAAUCAUCGCGAAGUGGGAAGCGUCAGUACACUCGAACUGCAGUUUAUCUUUUGGGUAAACCUCACAGCCGGUGUAGCGUUCGUUCAUAUUGCCUGUUGGAUAAGAGACUUAUAAUACUUGACUCGGUGGCUUGACUCAUUGUUUGUGUCACCUCUCCUGGAGGCUUGCUACAUAUGGGAGCGCUGCUACAAUGAAUAAGAAUGAGCUGGAGGAGCAAGCUACGGCACGGCUACUCGAGGAGCCCAAGCCGGUGAUAGACGCCAAUGACGUCUUUAGGGAGGCGCGCAAGCUGCACGCAAGCUCGAUGGCGUUCUACUACCAGCAGCCGACCCACUCGGCCCGCCACCUCCGAAGGCGCCAGUCCAGCGCGCGCAUGCAGUUUGCGUCAGCGGCCCGAGGCUUAUCAAGCGCUCGAUUCAAAGACACUGCCGAGCACGCGCACGUGAUGCUCAUGCAAGCCACCGACAGCGAUGAGGAAGGGCCGGCAGGCCUUCAAGCAGGCGCAUGCAUGCCGAAAGCAAUCGUGCUCAAGCCUCGGCCUGCGUUUGGAUCCAUCAUCGCCCGUCAGCAGGCCACCGCGUCGCCAGAUACAGUUCCCAGCGGCGGGUUUCCGCACAAAACGUUUUCGCACGCAGCACAAGACACCAGCAGCUGCAGCGCCGUCGCCGCCACGACGGCAGAGGGCGACGCCAGCGCUGCAGCGGCGGCUACGACGGCCGCGGCGGGUGCCGCAGUGGCGGCAUGCCGGCAGGGCCGGGCAUCCACCCCCCACGAGACGCUGGAAGCCCUGAACGCGCGGGUACAGGCAGAAGCGGAGGCCGCGGUGGAGGCGUCCAAGCCGUGGACGGCCGCGCCCUCCACCGCCAAGGCCGCGCAGGCGGCCACACCUGGGGAGCUGCAGGAGCAGCUGGAGGACGCACGCGCGGCCGCGGCGGCGGCCGCCGCCGACGCAGAGAUGGGUGCGCUUGCGGACGCACUCUGGGGCCAGGAGCGCCGGCGGCACGCGGCGCUGGUGCCGUUGCUGUCGUCGCUGUCGAUCGUGCGGCGCGGCGGCAGCGGGUCGGGCAGCGGGGACGAGUGCGGCGAGCGCAGCCAGCGGCAGUCGCGGUGGAGCACUGCGGCCGCCGGCGAGGCGCCUCCGCCGGAGGGCGCGCAGGAGCUAACGCUGUCGGACUUCCCCGCCUCGGCGUUGUCGGGCGUGCCGGCGUCGCCUCGCCCAGGUGCCGGGUUCCCGCCGCCGGGUGAAAGUGCCCCCUCGAGCGAGACCUCUGCAUCGGCGCCCAUCGCUCGCGCUGCUGCGGAAGACUGUGGUGCCGGCGUGUGUAAAGGCGCAGCCGCCAUCAGUGACCAGCUGGUGUUUACAGGCCACGCCUCGCCAGUGGCUGCUGCUACAGCCGGCGGCAGCCUGGCCGGGAACAUGCCAGUCGUACCCGCGGGCGCAUCGGGCCGCGCCCGGCGGCUGUCUGCACCGCCGCAACUGCAGCUCAGCAUCCCGUCGUGGGCCAGUGAUGCUGCGGCAGCUGGCGACAGCGCUACUGGUCUGGCAAUGGCCAUGACGUCGCCGAAGGUGCAGUGGCCGCCGCCGCCCCUGCUGGCUGACGCGGCUGGCGGCAGCAGCACCCGCAGCAGCCACCGCAGCAGCGCUAUGGGCAGCGAGCGCAGCUUCGGCAUGGCUUCGCCGGUGCCGUCGGUGUUCCCCUCAAAUGCCGUAGCGCCACAGCCGCGGCCCCAGUCCCGGGCCUCGGCCCUACCCUCGGUGUCGACCGCCAGAAGUGCCUCGGCUGCAUCUUCGUUAGCGGGCUCCGCCGUCGGCGUCGGCGGCACCGGCGCCGUGCCGGCCGUGCGGCGGUCUGCUUGGCAAAAGUCUCCAUCACCCAAGCGGCCCCUGCCGUGCGCGGCGCAGGCGACCCCGGGCGCGGCGGCGGUUACAGACUCUGUGCCCACGUGGCAGCAGCCGGUUGAGGGGAAACCGUCCAGCAAGGCGCGCUUCAAAUUUCAGCUGUUUUCCCUGUUCGGCCUCACGUCGCGCUCAUCAGCUGCACGCGUGGCAGCCAGCAGCGCAAGCAGCAGCAUGGGCGGCAGCGCUAGCAGCUCCGGCGCCGGCAGUGGCGCGGAUGGAGCUGCACUGGCCGCGUGUAGCGGUAGGUCGCAGCGAGUGGACGGUGGCAGUGGGAAUGCUGGUGGCGACGGCUUAAUAAUGGUGCCGGGGCUGCAUUCGGUUGCUGCCUGCUCAUCAGAUGACUCGGAUGACGAGAUGAUGGCGGCAGUGGUGCGCACGGGCGCCAGCUUCUGCGUGGGCAGUGGGCAAAGGGGCGAGAAGGGCGGUGCUGCUGGUGGCGCGCUGCACACGGCGGCGCUGCUCAGGUCUGGCAGCAGCUUCACGGUAGCUUCCACCGCCCAACAGCGGCGGCUGGCGGGCACAGAUGCAGCAUCCCUGGCGCGGCGCUGCACCAGCAGCAGCCGCAGCAUCGGCAGAAGUAGCCUGGCGCGAGAUUCGCAACAGCAACAGCAGCAGCACUCGCCCACCGCGGAAGGCAACGGCGGCGGCAGCAGCAUCUUCGCCAGCGCCGGGCGCCGUGUUCAGCAGCAGGCGCUGCGGCAGUCCGUGCUGAAGCGAAGCGCGGUGGCGGCGGCGGCCGCCGCCGCGGCGGUCGCUGCGGCGUCGCCGCCGGAAUCUCCGACGGCCUCGCCAACCCAUCAGUCCCGAGCCUCCUCGCCCAAGGAAGGCCAGUCGCGUGGAGGGGCUGCAACGGAGGGCCAGGCGCCGCCCGGCAGCGACCAGCAAUCGUACAUUGGAGCCGUCGGCGAUGCUGGCGCAGCAUUGUCUGUAUAUCACGUCAGCAACGCGCUGAGCCCGGAGAGCCCUUUCGGGUCGCUGUUCGCCGCCGCCGCGGCUGGCGAGCAUGCGGCGGCAUGCGCUGACGGCGGCGAUUGCAGCGGUGCAGGCCCCGGACCCCACAGCGCGCCGUGCACCCAUUUGCCGCCCAGCCCGCAGCACUACCGCCAGGGCGACAUCCUCUGCGCUCCCUUUCCAACGCCGCGUGACGCCAGCAUGGCAAGUAUGUGCGACAGCAGGCGCCCUGCGCCGCCGCCAGCCCGGCAGCAGCACCGGUCCCCACCACGUCGGCUACCGCUGCGCCACCGCAGCUCUGGCGCCCAACUCCAAGGCUGGUCGUCCAUAUCCCACACAGCCGCCUCCUCCGCAACCGCCGCCGCCGCGCCCCAUUUUGCGGGAGAAGUGCGGAGCUCUGCAGCAGCAGCAGCAGCAGCAGCAGCAGCAGCAGCAGUCGCAUCAGCUGCGGCAGCCUUGAUUCCACAACACAGCGCGCGCCGCCGCAGCAUGGACAGCGGCUGGAGUGCUCGGCCCGCUACCACCGCUUCACAAGCUCCGGCAUCAGAGGCUGACGCUCGGGCCAUUCUAACGCGCGUGGCCCGAAUCGCGGCCGUGCCUACCGGUGAUGCAGCGGAGCCGGUAUGGGAGGUGCGGCCGCGUGACAUGUAUGCGCACGAGGCGGACGAGAUACGGCUGAUCCGGGUACGAGCGCGGGCGGCGGAGGCCACGGCGGCACAACGCGACCUGUCGCGGAGGGCCCACUCGACGCAUGCGGAGUCCUGGCGCCCUCAGGGGCCGGAGUGCGGCCACGCCUUCGGCUCUGGCUACAGCCACGGGAUGCUGCUGUCGCGGGCGGCGACACCAAUGGCGGCUGCGCCGCAGGCGGGCCUGCACUCGCCGCCAGCAGCAGGAAGAGCGGCGCCGAGCUCGCUGAACGGCUCCUCUGCAGGGGACGGCGCGUCACUUGCAGGCUGCCCAUCCCCAUUCACGCUGUCAGCCGUUCCCGCGGCUGUGGCCACCGGCGCUAGGAUGGCAGGGCUGUCCGCGGCGGCGCCACUUGUGCCGUCCGCUCUACUGUCCGCCAACUCCAGCGGCAUACAUUCGAACCGGCCCACGCCGUCCUUCCCACGGCGCUCCCUCGCGAUGGGCAGCGGCAAGUUUGCGGCGGUCUUUGGCGACGAUGGCGGCGCGGGUGGGGGCUCAGUGACCCAUACCCUGCUGGCCGCAAAAGACCCUUCCGGCGGCGGCCUCCUCAUCAGCCCGCUCUGCUCCACGGCUGCCGCAGAUGCAAGUGCUGGCGCCGGCGCCAUGACCUGUGCGGUUAUCCCUGGCCGUCCGGAGGAUCCAGAAGGCUACCACGACUCGCCGCUGGAUCCAGCAGGGGCCGAGGGUGGCGCCGGCGGCCACACCAUUCCACACCUGGGAGCUGCGGCCCCUUAUUUCAGGUCUGCGGACAACACUGCGGGUGCUUACCAGCAAUGGCAGGGCUCGGCCGGUGUAGCGCCCAAGUCGGGGGAGUCUAGCAUGCGCCGCCGCAGCAGCAACGGCGGCAGCACCGGGGGCUGCGCGGUGGGCUCGGACGCGGAGGGAGGCCCGGGCUGCGGUGACGGCGGGCACAGCGGCACUGGCCGUUCCAUUAACCAGGGGCCCCUGCCUGCCAGCAACGGCGGGCUGCGGGGCCCGUCUGGCGGGGCGUGGCCUGCAGCAGGCAGCAGCACGGCAGCGGCCAGGGCCGCGGCGUUGUGGCGAGCCGCUGCGCCGAGCAGCGGUACGACCAGCCCCCUGCAGCUGGCUUCUGCCAGCUCCGCACGCCUUUCCCACGGCGCUCUGUCGGGCCUCGUGCUGCCGCCGCCUUCGCCCCCUGGUUGGGCUGGCGGGCAGCAGGCGAGGCUGCUGCACCAGCAGCUGCCUGGACUGCAGCAGCUGCAGUUUCCGGUGCGUCGUGGCAGCGUGGACGAAACAGGGGCUGCAGGCGCCUACCAGCAGCAGCAGCGCCUGCACUCCGCUCACCGCCGCGCAGGCCCACAGUCGGCGCAUCAACCUCGACACACCACCGCCUCACCGCCGCCGCCGCCCACCUCGUUAGGGCCGGCGAGCGUUGGCCUCCGCCCCAGUAGCCGCGAGGCCGGAUACGGCGGCGCUGGCCCACCAGCCCUGGUUGGUAGCGGUGGCAGCAGGCGGGCGUCUACAGGCAGCCUGCCGCCGCGGCACCAUAGCGGUAAUCCGCUCUACGUGCGGCAAGCCGCAGGCAACCUGUCCCUCCGUAUGGGGGCCGAGGCGAGCCUGAACGCAGCCGCGGCCGCGGCCGCGGUCGCCGCGUGCGGGGACGACGAUGACGACAGUGACAGCGACUACGAUAUCGGUUACGGUGCCAUGGAGCUUAUCCCAGAGCGCGUCGGCAGUAGCGGUGGAGAGACCUCGCCGCCGGCUUCACCGCGGCUUGCAGCUGCUGCGCCCGCCAUAGCGCAACAGGGGUUGGGCGAAAAGGAAGGCAAGGAGCUGGCUGCAGCGGGGUAUGCGCUGUCCACCACGGGGACCCAGCGUCCGGGCGCUACGACCGCGGCACGAUAUCACAGCGACAGCCACGGCACCGACACUGGCGGCAUCAGCAGCAACGGCAGGCUCAGCCGCGAGAUCGACAAUGGCAAUUUGCGUGGCGGCUUUGUGGGGCGGCUGAAGAAGAAAGCGCUUAGCCUACUUCGCCGCAACGCUUAGCGGGGCUGCAAGGCUCCGCAUGCUGGUCGGGGCAUGUGUCUUUCCACUGCUAGCUUAUUGGGCUGGUGUAAGCGUAGGAGCUAAGUGUGUAGCAGAACCGGCAACUAUGGGAUGUGUCGUAAUAAAACGUUCUUGCGGCUCUUCACGUACAAGUGCCCGCAUCGUAGUAUUUUAUUUUUGCGGCUGGCUGCCUGCGCAACCUUCCAUGGCAUGGCCUCUAGUUUGCUUUGCCAUGUGUGCUGGACACUUCCUCAUUGAAGAUGUGAGUAGCAUGAAUAAUAUAUGCCUCGACGCUGUAUCCGCAGCGGUUCGGCAACAAAUGCGCCAGGCCUUGACAGGUACGGACAACCUUAAGUGAGGUUUCUGCGCCACAGGUGCCGCCAUCAUGGCAACAGUGCUUAACUAGUAAGAAUCAUGGCACGCAGGUGUCGAAGUAUCCGGCGUUGUUCAUUUAAUGAUAGCUGCGUUCUCGGGUUCCUCGACCAUGGCCAAUGGUGCAGUCAAGGAUUUAGUACAUGCAAGCUGUUUGCCUCAAGUUUGGAGUUGCCUGUGGCUCGGCUGAGACAAGCAAACACGUCGGCACGUGUGUCAGCUGCUGGGCAGUGGCGAGAGGAAUGACAGAUGCGUCGGGUAUAAUAAAGCUGUUGCAUGGACAGAAGGAAUAACAAACAGCAGCGUGCCGAGGAAGCUGCUGUCAUUCAUUAUUCUUCGGUUAUGGGCAUCUUGGGCAACACGUGGCAAGGCGCCUUCAUGCUCCGGGAGCAACGGAGUGCUAGGUUCUGAUUUUGUCGUAUUUAAUGGGGCAUGAGUGCAUGGCAUGCAAAGGUGCAGGCGUCCAGCGCGUGGCGGCUGACUGGCCAGGACUGGCUGGGCCACAAAGUGAGGUGUCUCAAGGAGACGGCCCACGUAGGUUUGACGGAGUGGGCAAGGGAGGAGUAGCAAGUCUAGGUGUGGGAGAGCAGGGUUGCGGCGGAAGAGAGUGCGACAUGGGACUUGGAGGUGUCACUUAUUUCUGAGGCCCAUGCACCGUUGUGUGAAGAAAGCUUGAGGUGCAACCCACCCAUGCCAGGGAUCUAUACGGUGCUGGCAGUGACGAGACUGACGACGCGUUCGGGAUGUUGCAGUCGUCCAGCGGUCCAGGGCAAGGGCAAGGGCCCUUAACAGCCACGACCAUAAUAGACACUGGUAUUUGAGUGUCAGCAUGACAGUUGGACAGGUACAAGUGAUGAAUCACAUAAGCGAUCGCAUCAUGUAAAAGCUUGCAGUGGAGGUGCCCACUCACGCCACUAUGGUUCCAUCGCCACAGCGUGCACGCACCUCAGGCCCACCGUUUUCCGCGCAAUUGGAAAGUGUGCCAGCGGGCGGCACAGUUGACCGCGCGCGGCGCGGCAGCGAGCGAUCUGCAUGCUCCACUGUGCCGUCACGGCGCCGAAUGGCGGCGCCGGCUUCUGUCCGGGCGGCGCCGCCUUGCCAUCCAGCCAUUCGUCUCCCGCCACGCGCACGAGUAACGUCGGCGCUGCAGGUGGCGGCGGCAGCGGCAGUGCAGGUGCAAACAGCGCAUAUCCCAACCAACUGGCAAGCCCGCUGGCGCGGUGCCUGCUGUCACAGCGCCCGAUUGACCCGGCUGGCAUCUUGGCAACAGACGCAGGCGGCGGUGGCGGCGGCAGCGGUGACAGUAGCAUAGAUGCGCUGCCAAACGACGGCAACAGCCCGACGCGACUUGGCCCCUCGGUGACAAGCGGCGGCAUACAUGGUGCUACCGUCGGCACUGCGCGGUACCUCGCGCCGUGCGCUGAUGAAGGAGAAUGGCCUUGAUUGGCGGCAAUUGUGGUGCCGAGGGUGGCUGCGGCGGCUGCGGCGGCUGCGGCGGCUACGGCGGCUGCGCUGCAUGCGGCCGGUGUAAACAACAGCAAUG